AUGUCCGCCAGAAUUCCUGUGAGCCAGGUGCCGGUUAUGUUCGCCCGCCGGCAACCUAAGGUGUUCCGCGCCUCCCGACGCCUGCAAUCCUCUUCCGCCCUUCAAACUCAGAACCCCUCCUAUCCCCUCUACCCCUCUGUCAUCCAGCUCCUGCACGAGAAGAACAUCCCCGAAUCGGAAGUUUCCAAGAUUCCGGCCUCUGGCCCCAAGGGUCGCCUCCUGAAGGGUGACGUUUUGGCUUAUCUUGGCCAAAUUGCCGCCGAGUACCCGGCAUCGCAGGCCGCGACUCUGGCCAAGCUCGCCCACUUGGACUUGAGUAACAUUAAGAUUGCGGCGCCGGCCCCGAAGCCCGCCGCGCCGGCCGCGGAGGAGAAGAAGGAAGCUAUUCCCCAGCCGCCUCCUAUGACCUCGGUUGCUAUUUCGGUUUCAUUGGCGGCCGUUCUCGCCGCGCAGAAGAAGAUCGAGACCAACCUGGGCGUCAGCGUUCCUCUUUCGCGUUUCCUGGCCAGUGCUACCGAUCUCGCCAACGAUGAUCUGCCCCGCUCUCAGAGCGAGAAACCCUCCGCCGACGAACUUUUCGAUGAGAUUCUCGGUGCGGACCCUAUUAACACAUCACGCGGAGACUACAUUCCUGAGCUGAAUGCCUUCGAGGCGACUGAUGCUCGGCCUGGGCCUGUUUAUGAAGACAUCAUCGACAUCCUAAGCGCCAAGCCCGGCAAGAAGACCGUUUCUAUGUCGCCGGUCGCUGUCGAGAACACUGUCGCUCAGAACGUCUUUAGCUUGACCGUGCCGGUUGGUGAAGAGCUGCGGGCCAAGACGUUCCUCGAGCGGAUUAAGGCCCUCCUGCAGGUUGAGCCUGCCAGGCUGGUACUUUAA